GCGUGAAUUUAAUUUUAAUAGGUGUGAAUUUACCAUUUUUUAUUCUAAAUUUUUUUUUGAUAAAAUCACAAUUUUAUUUAUAAUCGAUCAUUGAAUCCUUAUAAAUUCAGAAACGAAUUCAAUCAAGGAACACAAAAGUAAAACGUAUCAUUUUUCAGCUGGAUUUCGAUAAUAACUAUGGUAGAAAAUCAUGUGAGCCAAGAUUUAUAUCCGUUUAAUCCAAAUGAUGCUAGCGAAGCAAGCCUUGAUGGUACAUUCCAAGAAACCAACCAAAAUGAUUAUGAAUUAGAACGCGGCGAUGAAAAAUGUAUUGUCAAGGGUGAUGGGUUAGCUGAUCUCAGUGCAAGUCGUGACAGUUGGUCCAGUCAUGCCGAGUUUUUGUUGUCAUGUAUAGGAUUCUCAGUAGGCCUGGGAAACAUAUGGAGAUUUCCUUACAUAUGUUACGCUAAUGGCGGGGGGGCUUUCUUAAUCCCCUAUUUUAUGAUGUUGAUAUUGUGCGGCCUUCCCAUGUAUUUCAUGGAGUUGUCGAUAGGUCAAUUCACUGGCUUCGGACCGCCCCUUAGUUUUAACAUCUGUCCACUGCUCACAGGUAUAGGAUGGGCCCAAAUAGCUAUCUUAUUCGUUAUAUCAAUAUUUUAUAAUAUCAUCAUGGCUUACGCAUUAUUUUAUAUCGUCUCAAGUUUUCGGACAACGCUUUUGUGGACGACUUGUGACAAUUCUUUUAAUACCCCAAAUUGUGCUUCCUUACGCUUCCGCUCGGGAAAUGCUACCAUGGUGAGCAUGAAUAACAAUUUAUCAUGGUUAAACUCUACCUACAGCAAUGGUACAUUAAUGCACCAAGAUAGCUUAUUGACAAAUAAUUUCAGCUACGAAAAUAACCACUAUGUAUUAGAUAUAGGUGAAUCAGCCGGCUUACAUGAUAUGGCGGGUCUGAGGUGGCCUUUAGUGGGAUUAUUAUUUUUUUCGUGGCUCUUGAUUUUCGCGUGCAUCUUUAAAGGGAUAAAAAGCCUUGGAAAAGUCGCUUACGUAACGACGUCUCUCCCCUAUGUUGUACUCUUUAUCCUUUUCGUGAGAGGCGUGACAUUAGACGGGGCCAAAGAGGGAAUAUUAUAUUUUUUGACACCUCGAUGGGAUAAGUUAUUGGAAAUAAAGGUAUGGAGCGCCGCAGCUGGACAGGCCUUCUUUUCAGCUGGUAUAGGCUGGGGUUGUUUGAUUUCUUUUGCCAGCUUUGGUAAUUACAGGAAUAGAUGCUACAAGGAUGCUCUUUUCAUUUCCUUGUUGGACACCUUUACCAGCAUCUUUUCGGGCCUUGUCAUAUUUUCUGUAUUAGGAUUCAUGUCCAAGAAACUAGGUGUUCCUGUGUCAGAGGUGACUACUUCCGGGCAAGGGCUCGCUUUCAUAGUGUAUCCUGAAGCCAUAUCACAACUUCCUGUUCCCCAGCUUUGGAAUGUUUUAUUUUUUGUCAUGUUGUAUGAUUUGGGGCUGAAUAGUGAAUUCGCGCUAAUGGAAGCUUUUAUAUCGGGCUUACAAGACGCGUUGCCUCGAAUUUUUCCAGCAAGGCGAAGAGUUUUCAAUAGACUCUUAUUUUGCGUGAUAUGUUUCUUAUUGGGCUUACCAUGUGUGACACGAGGAGGUCAAUAUGUUAUCACAUUAAUGGAUUUCUUUUCCUCUGAAAUUUCUCUGGUAUUGAUUGGAGCAUUUGAAAUUGUCGGAAUUAUGUGGAUUUAUGGCAUUAAAAAUUUUUUAAGAGACAUUGAAUCCAUGUUUCAAAGGAGAUUACCAUUUAGAUGGUUUUGGAUUAUUAGUUGGAGUAUUUUAUGUCCCCUUCUCUUAUGGACGAUAUUUAUAUACUCCAUGACGCAAUGGACAGGUUUGGUAUAUCUAGACUAUGUAUAUCCUAGAUGGGGAAAUUGGUUAGGAGCAUUCAUUUCCAUAUUCACGCUUAUUCAAAUACCGUUGUUUGCUGUGUAUGUCAUAUUCAAACAAAAGAAGCCAUUUUUUAAAGCUUUAUAUCAAUCAAUUAGACCAGAUCAUGAUUUCGUUAAUCAUUUGAGAGAACGGGCGAUAAAAUACAAGACCUCGGAUAACUCUUUUUUAGAUAACAAAGGGGACAAUAAUAUUGAUAUUAUACUCAAAAACGUGUCAUUUACAAAAUUAUAAGAAAUUAUUUUAAAAUCCGAGGUUUUCUUCGGAUAUUUGGGAAUUCACGAUGCUUUCCUUGUGGAAUGAUAUGUGAAAUAAUUUGUAUAAUGUAUAAAUAAUGUUUUAGCGUAUUU